AUAAGCGAGCCCCCCAUCCCGCUAGCCAUGAGCAGCCGCGACCACCUGUUCAAAGUGCUGGUGGUGGGGGACGCCGCGGUGGGCAAGACGUCCCUGGUGCAGCGAUAUUCCCAGGACAGCUUCAGCAAACACUACAAGUCCACGGUGGGAGUGGAUUUUGCUCUGAAGGUUCUCCAGUGGUCUGACUCAGAGAUGGUGCGCCUCCAGCUGUGGGAUAUUGCAGGGCAGGAGCGCUUCACCUCUAUGACCCGACUUUACUAUCGGGAUGCCUCAGCCUGUGUUAUUAUGUUUGAUGUUACCAAUGCCACUACCUUCAGCAACAGCCAGAAAUGGAAACAAGACCUGGACAGCAAGCUCACACUGCCCAAUGGAGAGCCGGUGCCCUGCCUGCUCUUAGCCAACAAGUGUGAUCUAUCCCCUUGGGCAGUGAGCCGAGACCAGGUUGACCGGUUCAGUAAAGAGAAUGGUUUCACAGGUUGGACAGAAACCUCGGUCAAGGAGAACAAAAAUAUUAAUGAGGCCAUGAGAGUCCUCAUUGAAAAGAUGAUGAGCAAUUCCAGAGAAGAUAUGUCUUUGUCCACCCAGGGGAACUACAUCAACCUGCAAACCAAGCCCUCCUCCAGCUGGGCCUGCUGCUAGUAGCAUUUGGCUUGUUUUCCCUCCCAGCUCCAGGAAGUCUUUCUCUUCCCUUUGGUUGCCCAUCCAACAGUUGUACUAAGUACAUUUGACCUGUCUGCUGGUGACUGUCUGGUAAGGAGAACCAUCAUCACUAAGAAAAGACACAUGGGACCCAUGGGCAUUUCUGCCUCUUGUUUGCUGCUGGCUUAGAG